AUGUCCCGCCGCCUCCUCUCCCUCACCCGCCCCCUCUCGGGCCUCAUCAGACUCCCAGCCACGGCCCGCUACUCCUCCUCCUUCCUCCAACGCGGCCCCGCCCCUCCCCGUCUGCCCGCCGACCAACAAGCCGAAUUCGAGCGUCUCCAAGCCGCCGCCGAAGCCGCUUUGUACACGCACACCACCAUUUCCGACAUCUCCCAAAACCCCGCCGGCACCCCCACCACUCCCGCCUCGCCCGAAAACAAUUCCAAGCACGUCACCCAACCUGCCAGUGAGAAUACAGUAGCGACGCAAGCACCAGUAAUCGAAGACGCCUCGCAGACUUUCAGCGGCGGCAUCCGCAAGGGCGCGCCGCCCGAGUUCGAAGGGGACGUUAACCCCAAGACCGGCGAGGUUGGUGGGCCGAAGAAUGAGCCUUUGCGGUGGGGGGCGGGCGGGGAUUGGAGUUUUAACGGGCGGGUUACGGAUUUUUAG